GUCUUCCCACUCCGCCUUCUCGCGCUUACCGUGCCCGGCCGGGGACUCGCACCUCGCCUGUGCCCUUCACUCGUCUUCCUCGUGAUUUCCCCGCUGCCGGUCUCCUCCAACUGGGAAUGCUAAAACAGGACUGAUGGACGUGUCCGAACUCUGCAUCCCGGACCCCCUCGGCUACCACAACCAGCUGCUGAAUCGAAUGUCCUCGGAAGAUCGGCACCUGGGCUCCAGCUGCGGCUCCUUCAUCAAGACGGAGCCAUCCAGCCCAUCGUCGGGCAUUGAUGCCCUCAGCCACCACAGUCCCAGCGGCUCCUCGGACGCCAGUGGUGGCUUUGGCAUGGCCCUGGGCACCCACAGCAACGGUCUGGACUCGCCGCCUAUGUUCGCAGGUGCAGGGCUGGGAGGCACCCCGUGCCGCAAGAGCUACGAGGACUGUGCUAGUGGUAUCGUGGACGACAUCAAGUGCGAGUAUGUGAUUAACGCCAUCCCCAAGCGUCUGUGCCUCGUGUGCGGGGACAUUGCCUCUGGCUACCACUAUGGCGUGGCCUCCUGCGAGGCCUGCAAGGCGUUCUUCAAGAGAACCAUCCAAGGAAACAUCGAGUACAGCUGUCCGGCCACCAACGAGUGUGAGAUCACCAAACGGAGGCGCAAGUCCUGCCAGGCCUGCCGCUUCAUGAAAUGCCUCAAAGUGGGGAUGCUGAAGGAAGGUGUGCGCCUUGACCGAGUGCGUGGAGGUCGCCAGAAGUACAAGCGACGGCUGGACUCCGAGAACGGCCCCUACCUGAGCUUACAGAUUUCCCCACCUGCCAAAAAACCAAUGACUAAAAUCGUCUCCUAUCUACUGGUGGCUGAACCCGACAAGCUGUAUGCUAUGCCUCCCCCUGGUAUGCCUGAGGGAGAUAUCAAGGCCCUGACUACUCUCUGUGACUUGGCAGAUCGGGAGCUGGUGGUCAUCAUCGGCUGGGCCAAACACAUCCCAGGCUUCUCGAAUCUGUCACUUGGGGACCAGAUGAGCCUGCUGCAGAGUGCCUGGAUGGAGAUCCUCAUCCUGGGCAUUGUGUACCGCUCACUGCCCUACGAUGAUAAGCUGGUGUACGCGGAGGACUAUAUCAUGGAUGAGGAGCACUCCCGCCUGGCAGGGCUGCUGGAGCUUUACCGUGCCAUCCUGCAGCUGGUGCGCAGGUACAAGAAGCUGAAGGUAGAGAAGGAGGAGUUUGUGACACUCAAGGCCCUGGCUCUGGCCAACUCAGAUUCCAUGUACAUUGAGGACCUGGAGGCUGUGCAGAAGUUGCAGGACCUGCUGCACGAGGCGCUGCAGGACUACGAGCUGAGCCAACGCCACGAGGAGCCACGGAGGACGGGCAAGCUGCUGCUGACGCUGCCCCUCCUGCGGCAGACGGCAGCCAAAGCCGUACAGCAUUUCUACAGUGUGAAACUGCAGGGCAAGGUGCCCAUGCACAAACUCUUUCUGGAGAUGCUGGAGGCCAAGGUGUGAUGGCCCAGCACACAGACGGAUGGACACGACCCAUGUGGAGACCUCCACAGCCACCAGCCUCGACUUUCCACACCUGCAUCGGGGCUCUGAGCUGUCCCAGAGGAAGAGGUUUUUCUGCUUCCUGGCCAUGUGCAGACUCCUAGGGG